CAUCGAUAAGGGAGCCACAAAAUAGCCGUGUUAUCUGCCGCCACAUGGUGCCGACCGUGAUAUAUGUGCGGUGUCCCAACCGGUUUUUUCUUUGUUUUUGUUUUACCGAAGUGUCCGGUCUGGUGCCCGUUGUUGUUGUUGACACGGGCUCGGUCGGUCUCAGAUAAAAAAACGUGUUGUUUGUUGCUGUCGCCGUUGCCGCUGUGCGCCAUUCAAAUCCGGUCGUCGCCGUCAAUACUUUUUGUCGCCAUUGGUCAUUGCCGUGGUUGUGAGUAUUGGGGUUUUGUCGUUUUGUCGACGCUUAAGUUGCUUUGCGGUCGUAGCGUUUUGUCGUCGUCGCCGUAAAUGUGCCAGUAAACGUGCUGCCGCCGUCAAUACUUUUGUCGCCAUUGGUCAUUGCCGUGGUUGUGAGUAUCGGGGUUUGCCGUUUUGUCGACGCUUAAGUGGCCUUGCGGUCGUAGCGUUUUAGCCGCCGCCGCUAUCGUGUCGCCGCCGUCGUUACCGUGUCACCACCGGCCAGUGUGAGCAGCCAGUCAAAGGUGUCCAGGUCAGCGUACUAAUUUUUGUCGAUUAUUUUAUUGUAAAUAAUUAUUAUCAUCAUUAUUAUUAUACCUUGUUGAUAUUAAAAUACUAACCCUAGUUUUUAAGUAUAUUGAUGUUUUAUAUUGAACUUUUGGCAAUAGUAUUUGAGUUUUAUACAGUCCACUUAAUUAGUUAAUUUAUUUUUGCCUUACUCCCCUUUUUGUUUUUUUUCUCUAAACCAUUUACUCCUAUCCGGCCUAGACGGGUUUUCUCCCGGCAAAAGAGUUUAUCUGUCGGGCAUACGCGUCGCACAUUUUGGUCCUUCGGGCCGGAUAUUAUUUUCUUUAUUUGUUAUUGUCGGUCGGUUGUUUUGUCUAGUGGUGCACGAUGGUUCGAGGGAAGAAGACAAACGUAUUACCGGAGGUACCGCGUGCGUUAGUGCGUGCACGGGCCGCGCGCGACAGCGUAUUACGGUCGGUUCGCAAUUUAUACGCGUUAUCGGUGGAGGCGCGCACGGACGUCGAGAAACAACAACUGUUUAUUGCGCGCGCGGAGUCACUCGAAAAGUAUAUUGGUCAGUUCGAAGAGCAUCAGGAAGCGGUCUUGAAUGCUCUUACCGAUUUAGACUUAGUAAAUGAAUUCGAUUCAGUCGACGCCGUAAUAGCGGAUGAAGUCGAGGAAAAGUGCGGUAAUAUAAAAGUGGUCGUGCAGUUAAUAAAACCGGUUUCAAAUAAUAUCCGUUAUUCUAAUGACAUGAGUCAUGCUUCGAUCCAAUCGAUGAUUUUACCCAGAAUCGAGAUACCAAAGUUCGAUGGUAAUAUCAUAUCUUGGUGUUCUUUUCGUGACAUGUUUCAAUCGUUGGUGCAUGAAAAUCAUUUAUAUUCCGAUAUAGAACGUUUUCAUUAUUUGACUUCUUGUGUGUCUGGUCCAGCGGCUUCAAUCGUUAAGUCCGUGCCUCUGUCCGCCGCAAAUUAUCGUGUUGCUUGGACUGCACUGAUUGACCGUUUCGAUAACCAACGCCUAUUGGCUACUGCGCAUAUUGAUCAGUUGUUCGCUUUUAAGCCUAUUGUUCACGAGUCUCUAGCACCAUUAACUUCGUUCGUAAAUACCUUUCGAGAGAAUAUUGCGGCAUUAAAGACACUUGGGGUGACGGAUCUUGCUGGAUUCUUACUGUUCUACAUCGGAUCUCGUGUUUUAGAUUCAAAUACUCGGCAGUUAUUUGAAGACAAUGCCCCGCCUAACCAAAUACCGGAUCUUGAUUCUUUGAUCACUUUUGUCCAAAGACGUUGUAAAGUGUUAGAGAUUGCCAAGGGCAACCCUCCAGUUAACAAGAAUUCGGUUAAGAGUGGAGUUUCUAAUCGUUCCUCGAAGGUUACCUUAGCGGCAACUACAACUGAUUUCUCUGCCAAGUUAUGUCUUUACUGUAAUGCCGAUUCUCAUCAGAUUUCCCGUUGUUUUGCAUUUAAAAAAUUGACUGCCGACAAACGUAAAGAAUUCGUUACAUCAAAACGGCUGUGUUUUUCUUGUCUGAGAACUAAUCAUAUGGUAUCCGCAUGUCCAUCGAAGGCAACCUGUGCCAAGUGCGGUAAACAACACAAUACGUUACUUCACCUACAGCUGGACAAUUUAAAUACUCAAAAACCGACAUCGAGUUCACCCAUUCCUGAGAAUAAGUCCCCUGAUAAUUCGGAAACUCCACCAAAGUUUUCGGGUCUGUCACGGUCAACCUCGACGGUUGUUUUAGGGACAGCGGUUGUUCGAGUCCUUGACCGGUGUGGCGUCGCGCAUCCGGUUAGAGCUCUUAUCGAUAGCGGAUCACAAGUUUCGGUGAUAACUUUAGAAUGUGCGUCGCGCCUCGAUUUGCGACGUGAGAAGAGCACUACGCAGAUCGUUGGUUUGUCUAAAAACCCGGUGUCGAAAGUGAAAGGAAAAACGAGAAUUACCUUUAUGCCACAUCACGUGAGCCAACCAGUAUUAUCGGCUGAUGACGUCAUUAUACUACCGGAAAUAUCAGGCCCCAUGCCAGCCAAUAAAUUACCAUUGUCCGUUCGUGAGCGCUACAAACAUUUGUUAUUGGCUGAUCCGAAAUUCGAUUCACCGUCGAAGGUAGAUUUGCUCAUUGGUGGUGAUAGGUUCCCACAUAUAAUGCAGUCUCGUGCUGAAGUCCUACACCAUCCAGGAUGUCCGUCCGCCUUUGAAACACUGUUUGGCUGGGUUAUAGUGGGCUCUGUCAACACGCCCUGUGAGGCGCCCUGGACAACUCUCUCGGUCACUUCAGCCCCAGCGCUUGAUACGUUGAUCAGCCGGUUUUGGGCGAUCGAAGAACCUGGUGGUCCGAUCAGUCAUACAACCGAAGACGAACUGUGCGAGAAGUGGUUUACCAGUACAGUGUCGCGUGAGCCAUCGGGUAAAUUUUGUGUGGCUCUUCCUUUCCGACAAGAAGUAUUCGGAAAAGUUUCCUCACUCCCGGUUGAAUCGGUAGUUUACAAUGGUCUGUCGCAUGGUCUCGGAGAUUCUUAUUCUGCGGCGUUGAAACGACUGUUUAACUUGGAACUGAAAUUGAGCAAGGACGCUAAAUUGUACGAGGCUUACCGUGACUUCAUGGAUCAAUACUUGGCGCUAGGUCACAUGAAGUUAGCCGCACAAUCUGGAAAAUAUUACAUUCCACAUCAUGCGGUGGUUAAGCAUGAUGGUGAUGAGCUUAAAAUUCGUGUGGUGUUUGAUGCUUCCGCUUCAACGACGUCAAAGCUUUCGUUGAACGAUGUUUUAUGCGUAGGCCCCAAACUACAGACAAAUAUUGACGAAAUUCUUCUGAAGUCACGUCUUAAGAAGUUUGUUUUUACGGCUGAUAUUGUCAAGAUGUAUAGACAGAUACGUAUUCGCGCGGAAGACUGCACUUAUCAGCACAUUUUAUGGCGUCGUUUUCCCUCGGAGGAAGUCCAAGACUAUGAGCUCCUCACAGUCACUUAUGGUGUAAGUUCGGCUCCCUAUCUCGCCAUUCGAUGUUUGCAUGAGUUGGACACAAAAGACAGCUUCAAGUAUCCACGUGCAAAGGGAGUCCUUACCCACACUACCUACGUUGACGACAUUAUAACGGGCGCGGACACGGAAGAUGAGUUACUGUUGGUCCAGCAAGACGUCAUCGGUCUACUUCGUUCAGGUGCGUGUGAACUGAAAAAAUGGUCUAGUAACAGUCCGUGCGUUUUGCGAGAUCUACCCGUCGAAGAUUGCGCUCAACAGUUGUCCUUCGAUCCUAAAGAGGACCAGUCGGUUAAAGUUCUUGGAUUACAUUGGGACACUCAAAAGGACGCCUUUGCUUAUCACACCAAUCUCAGCGUCUCUCCUAAAACCAAACGUGGUAUUUUGUCAACGAUUGCACGGUUAUUUGACCCGAUUGGUGCGUUAGGACCGACAAUUUUGUGGGCAAAGUGUAUCAUGCAGCAGGUAUGGCAGGAAAAACUUGGCUGGGACGAAACAUUGCCUAGUCACAUCCACGAGAGCUGGGAUCGGUUCGUGUAUGAAUUACCUUUAUUGCGUAACGUCUCACUGCCACGUCAUAUCGACAUUCGUGAUGCAGUCGACAUUCAAUUACUAGGAUUUUCAGAUGCCUCGCAGAAGGCCUACGCCGCUAUAGCUUAUUUACGGGUCGUUUAUGAAUCUGGCAAGAUUGACGUGUUUUUCCUGACAUGUAAGACGAAAGUUGCGCCGCUUAAGGCGGGUAAACUAGACGCGUCGUUGUCAAUUCCUCGGCUAGAACUUUGUGCGGCUUUACUCUUGGCAAAAUCACUUAGUCACUUGCAUAAGUAUUUAGCAGUCGAUAUCACGAUUUCGAAGGUCCGUGCGUGGACUGACUCAACAACAGUGCUGUCAUGGCUCAAGACAGAGCCUAAGAGUUUUAAGAUCUUCGUAACCAACCGCAUAGCGAAAAUUCACGGUCUACUGCCUGAUUGUUCAUGGGAGUACGUGUCUACUUCCGAGAAUCCGGCAGAUCCAGCAUCCCGUGGCCUUUUACCAAGUGCUAUGUUACAAUGUUCUCUCCACUGGAAUGGUCCGUCAUUCGCAAGAUUGCCAGAAACCCAAUGGCCGCAAUCCACAUGGCAAGUCAUCCCACCUCAAGAACUGCCAGAGGCAAGAGUUAGGGCGGAGGUUUCCUUACACGUCAGUAAUGAUUUAGAGAGUGACCAGUUACUUGUGCGGUUUUCGUCACUGGUUAGGAUGCAAAGGUCAAUCGCCUUCAUCUUUCGUUUUUGUAAUUCGGCAUUAAAGCGUUCUACCAUGGUUGGCUCACUUACGCGCUCUGAACUCGACAGUGCACUUAUAACUGCAGUACGAAUGACGCAAAGGGGUCAUUUUUUUGCAUUACUGAAGCAAUUGGACCACCCGUCCGGCUCAGUCACACCUCCAACUUUAGCUCAGCUUGCGCCUUUUCUGGAUGCGUAUGGAAUUAUUCGUGUAGGUGGGCGACUACGUUACUCAUCUUUGAGCUAUGACCAAAAGCAUCCAAUAUUAUUACCAAAGGCGGCUUAUUUAACCACGUUACUCAUUCGCCAUUACCAUCUCAGCUUUCUUCAUGGAGGUCCAAAACUAGUACUUGCCAUGCUCUCCCGUAAGUUUUGGAUUUUGUCGGGACGAGAUGCCGUUCGUCGCUUUAUUUAUACGUGUGUAAGGUGUACGCGGGUAAAGGCCUCGCGUCCUGCUCCAGUUAUGGGUGAUUUGCCAUCACCUCGCGUCGAGCUACAUCGCCCCUUUCUGCACGUCGGCAUGGAUUACGGUGGGCCGUUCGUGGUUAAAGAAAGUCGAAGACGCAAUACCAAGACGACCAAGGUUUACCUUGCUUUGUUUAUUUGUAUGUCGGUAAAGGCAGUUCAUUUAGAGGUAGUCUCCGACUUAACUACGGAUGCCUUUCUUGCCGCAUUGGACAGAUUUGUCGCACGCCGGGUGUCCCCUCCGAUAUCUACUCUGAUUGUGGUACGAAUUACAUUGGAGCGGCCCGGCAAUUAAAAUCGUUGUUCGAGGAUCCAGAGACGCAGGCGCGGGCGUCUACUCGCGUGGCAUCCGUUUGGCAUUUUAACCCGCCUGCAGCGCCACACUUCGGUGGGCUAUGGGAGGCGGCCAUCA